UCACGAGGGCGAGCUGCUUCAGCCUCAAACAGGACCAACAUGGAGGAAUACGCGCCGACAAUCAGCAAAGUCUUGCUGACACCUGAUCCACAUUAUAUACCGGGGUAUUCAGGGUAUUGCCCACAGCUCAAGUAUAAUUUGGGGAAGUCUUACGGCCAGCUCACAGCCGAGCUGCUGACCAGUCCUGAGGGGAAACACUCCAAUCAUCUGGUCCUCCACACGGGUCACGUCCCCUCCACAGAGACACUGAGAAGCAUCCCUGACAGUAACUUGAGAAAGAUGAUACCAGGAUACACAGGCUUCAUCCCAAAAAGUCAGAACUACUUUGCCUGCACCUACUCUGAAACGUGCCGUAAAGCGUUGUCUGAGUUUUACCAGGAUGGGCGUACGAAGGUCCAACUGCAAUCAACAGACCUGCCAGCUGUUGUCAACUACACCAACAAACAGUUUGAAAGACCAAGACCCCCCUUGACAGAAAACUCCAACAAAGUGAUGAUCCGAUCAUACAGACCCUUAAAGUCCUUCACCUCCACUGGAAAACCAUACUUCAUGGACGAUGAUAACCCGCACAAGUACUUUAUCUCAGGUUUUACAGGGCAUGUGCCAAAAUCUCGCUUCCUAUUUGGCAAAAGUUUCCCCGUCACUACCAACCAGGCACUCAUCCAGUUUGGGAAGCAGCAGCGGAAUGACCCCACUUUCCAAGGCAUCCCAGGGAGGAAGGAAAGUCCAACUCCCAUGCCCACGAUCUAUCCAUCAAACAAGGCUGUGGUGCCGUCAUUCACUGGACACAUCCCAGGAUACCAGUUCAUGAUUGGACAUACUUUCCCAGAAUGCACUGGAAAAGAGCAGCAUCAAGAGGAUCUCUCAGGCAUAAAACCAUAUACUUCAAUAAAAUGACCAUUAAAGGC